UACCCCCACACGGUAUUCUGUCAUCAGCGAGGUGACAGCUAACCGUUCUUAUUUCAAUUACGAAAAUUUGAAGGAGAAUUGCAUUUAAGAAGUAGCCGAGCACAAUGGAGAACCAAACUCAGACGGAUGAGCUCCUUCCUAUCGCUGUCCUCAUUGAUGAGCUCAAGCAUGAUGACGUACUGCUCCGCCUGAAUGCUAUUCAUCGCCUCUCUACUAUUGCGUUGGCCCUUGGAGCCGAACGCACCAGGGAUGAGCUCAUCCCCUUCCUGGACGAAUCGGUUGAGGAUGAGGAUGAGGUGCUCACCGCCCUCAGCGAGGAAUUAGGAAACUUUAUUGAGUACGUGGGCGGACCGGAGUAUGGGCAGGUCCUGUUGUCUCCCUUGGAGAACCUUGCGGCAAUUGAAGAGCCGUUGGUCCGGGAAAAGGCCGUCGACUCUUUGAACAAGAUUUGCGAGCAAUUGUCCCAAGAGCAGGUCGAAGAGCACUUUAUCCCUUUAACCGUUCGGCUGUCCAAGGCAGACUGGUUUACAUCAAAAAUAUCGGCUACCGGCCUGUACAACGUGCCUUACUCGAAGGCUACGCCGCCUUCUCAAGAAGCUCUCCGUACACAGUUUGGCCAUCUAGUCCAUGAUGAGACUCCCAUGGUUCGUCGACAAGCUGCAAACAACCUGGCAAAGUUCGUGAAAGCGAUGCCAGCAACGAUUGUGAUUGAGGAGAUGAUUCCUCUCUUCCAACAUCUAGCUAGCGAUGAUCAAGAUAGUGUACGGCUCUUGACCGUUGAUAUUUUAAUAGCAAUUGCGGAAGUGGUGCCUAAAGAGCAACAAUCCAGUCAUGGCGUGUUAUUGACGGCCUUGCGGAAUCUGUUUGAAGACAAGAGCUGGAGGGUCAGGUAUAUGGUGGCCGACCGAUUUGAGAAGAUUGCCAAAGCUGUCGACGAGGAGGUCGUGAACCGAGACCUUGUACCGGCAUUUGUGAAGCUUCUGAAAGAUACUGAAGCUGAAGUGCGAACGGCCAUUGCUGGCCAAAUCCCAGGAUUCUGUGGCCUUCUCGAUAGAGAGACUCUCCUCAACGAGAUUAUGACGAGUGUAGAGGAUCUGGUUUCAGAUUCUUCUCAACAUGUUCGUGCUGCGCUUGGUACGCAGAUCAGCGGAUUGGCCCCUCUCCUCGGCAAAGAAGAAACUAUUUCCCAUCUGCUUCCUAUGUUCUUGCAAAUGUUGAAGGAUGAAUUCCCUGACGUCCGGUUACAUAUCAUUUCAAAGCUCGAACUCGUCAACAACGUCAUUGGCAUCGACCUUCUUUCUCAGUCGCUCCUGCCUGCCAUUGUCCAACUUGCCGAGGACAAACAGUGGCGUGUGCGGCUGGCAAUAAUUGAAUAUAUCCCACUUCUGGCCAGCCAGUUGGGCGUGAAGUUUUUUGAUGAGAAACUAAGCAACCUUUGCAUGAGCUGGCUGGGUGAUACUGUCUUCAGCAUCCGAGAAGCAGCCACUCAGAACCUGAAGAAAUUGACCGAAGUGUUCGGCGUUGAAUGGGCGAAUGAGGCGAUUAUCCCCAAGGUCAUGGCAAUGGGCCAACAUCCCAACUAUCUUUACCGAAUGACUACCUGUUUUGCGAUCUCUACACUAGCACCCGCUGUCAGUCUCGAUGUUAUUGACAAGUCGAUUCUUCCAAUGAUGGACAAGCUUGUUUCUGAUGAUAUUCCCAACAUCCGAUUCAAUGUUGCCAAAUCCUACGGCGUUCUGAUUGGCGUCCUCAGAAGAUUGCCAGCUCAAGGAACUAUUCUCGCCAUUGAGAAGAGUGGGGAGACUGCUACCCCCUCACCCAGAGGCCAGGAGCUGAUUCAGGAGCGGAUCCUCCCGAAUUUGGAGAAGUUGCAGCAGGACGAUGAUGUGGAUGUGAGGUAUUUUGCUACGGUUUCUGCAGACAGCGUUGCAGAUGCAAUGAAUACUUCUCCCUAGAGCUAGACCCGGAAUAAAUGUCUGUUCUCAUUUGAAUCUCUUUGGUUUUAUUACUGCCCUUCUGUUUCAUGCCGAUCGAUUCAAACCUGUGGAUCUUGAGGGAGCUAGUGGCAUUUAAAUGAUGCUACAAAAGGUUCAGCCUGUGUACGUAAUUUCACACUACGACAAAUAUCCAAAGGCGAAGUAAAUUUGAGUUUUUUUAUCACUCAUGAAUAUCAAUUCGAAUGGAAAUGCUCUUGGAGCCCACUAAAUCACACGCCUUGUUGAUCCGAGAAAAGCCUUUUUUGAUACUCGGCCUAAAGGUACAGAAUAUUUGAGCCCAACAACAAGAGCCC